AGCCGCCGUUUCCCCUUUCUUUCGCGCUCUAGGCUCCCGGGAAGUCCAGCCCAAGUGUAGCUGGGCUCUGAUUGGCUCCUUUGAAAGUCUACGGGUAUCCUGAUUGGCGGAUCCAAGCCCCUUUAGCGCGGAUCUGUCAUACCUAUUGUGUAACAAUGGAAGACUACACCAAAAUAGAGAAAAUUGGGGAAGGUACUUAUGGAGUUGUAUAUAAGGGUAGACACAAAACUACAGGUCAAGUGGUAGCCAUGAAGAAAAUCAGACUAGAAAGUGAAGAGGAAGGGGUUCCUAGUACUGCAAUUCGGGAAAUUUCUCUAUUAAAAGAACUUCGUCAUCCAAAUAUAGUCAGCCUUCAAGAUGUGCUCAUGCAGGAUUCCAGGUUAUAUCUCAUCUUUGAAUUCCUUUCCAUGGAUCUCAAGAAAUACCUGGAUUCUAUCCCUCCUGGUCAGUUCAUGGAUUCUUCACUUGUUAAGAGUUAUUUGUACCAAAUCCUUCAGGGGAUUGUGUUUUGUCACUCUAGAAGAGUUCUUCACAGAGACUUAAAACCUCAAAAUCUAUUGAUUGAUGACAAAGGAACAAUUAAACUAGCUGAUUUUGGCCUUGCCAGAGCUUUUGGGAUACCUAUUAGGGUAUAUACACAUGAGGUAGUAACACUCUGGUAUAGAUCUCCUGAAGUAUUGCUGGGGUCAGCUCGUUACUCCACUCCAGUUGACAUUUGGAGUAUAGGCACCAUAUUUGCAGAAUUGGCAACUAAGAAACCACUUUUUCAUGGAGAUUCAGAAAUUGAUCAACUCUUCAGGAUUUUCAGAGCUUUGGGCACUCCCAACAAUGAAGUGUGGCCAGAAGUGGAAUCUUUACAGGAUUAUAAGAAUACAUUUCCCAAGUGGAAACCAGGAAGCCUGGCAUCCCAUGUCAAAAACUUGGAUGAAAAUGGCUUGGAUUUGCUCUCGAAAAUGUUAGUCUAUGAUCCUGCCAAACGAAUUUCUGGCAAAAUGGCACUGAAUCAUCCAUAUUUUGAUGAUUUGGACAAUCAGAUUAAGAAGAUGUAGCUUUCUGACAAAAAGUGUCCAUGUUAUAUGGAGGAUGGAUAGUUGUACUGUUGACUCUCUUUUUGUCUUGUAUAUUUUCCUUCUUAUUGUAAAACUUCAGCUGUACUUCAUGUUCUACUUUCAAAAGUAUAACUUAAAAUGUAAAUAUUGUUCUAUAUGAGUUUAAAUGUAAUAAUUCUGUACAUGUGUGUAGAUCUCACUGUGACAACUCUUUGUUACUAUAAUAAAACUAUAAAAAUCUAUGGAUUUUAAAAAUUGGGGAAUAUUUGAGUUAGCUUAAAUCAUCUCAAUCCUUAUAGCAACUAUAUUUUCCUAUAGUUGGAACUGCUAAAAUUUAGGAAAGUGCCAAGUUCAAAUUCUAUAAUGCUUUGCAGUAUUUUUAUCCUGAAUGUUUACUUUUUUUUUUUUUCUCAGUUUCUUGCCAUGUGGUAACUAUACAACCUGUCUAAAGAUGAAUAUUUCUAUAUUGGUAUUUCAUUUUGUGACUUCAAUGUUUAAGCAUUCUGAAUAAGAACACUAUACAGAUCUAAGAAAUGAGGCUAAAUUUAUAGGGGUUUUCAGUAACUUAUAAAACUAACAUUAGAACAUGCCAAAGUUUGCUAAGUUUUACAGUCAGAGAUCAAGGGCUGUCCACAGCAGGGAAGAACAGUCUUGAAAAUUUAUGAACUAUCCUAUUUUUAGGUAUGUUAUGAAAGCAAUUUUUCUAAGUGAAUUCUUAUGCCUUGGUCAGAGCUAAUAACUGUGUAUGAAGGGGAAUCACUUAUCUUGCCUUUCAAGUCUGACUUAAAAACUUACAAAUUUCAGUAGUGAUCUUUAUUAACAGCCUUCUAAACAGGUUCUAAUGUGUGAGUAUUCAGUUGAAACCAAUGACUGGUAAUUAAAUUGUUUCAUAA